GUAAAACCUUGGCGGUGACCGCGGAUAGGAUAAAUUUGACCUUGUCCAGAGGACAAACUAGAUUAUCUGAUGCCGACUAAACAAUAUGUCUGUUUAAAGCCUUUCUACCGUUGAAUGUCAUCCAUUGUAACUACCAGGCGUUAAAAUGUCAAGUGUAAACCUACAUAGUGAUUUAUUCCUGCAUUAUUAUAAAGCGUGGGGUGGAGUUGAAGAUUAUGAAUCAGAGAACUUAGGGAUACCAGAUUUUUUUCAACGUGUACCACAAGAUAACGAGAUUUUACCUGCGAAAUUACGGGAGGAUGCUAGGUCUGCUUUGUUGGAGAGAAAAAGUUUGAGAUUGUUGUCUAAUGUUGAACUUCAAGAGUUUUGGUAUCUUUUGGAACGCUAUCAUUCACCUCCUACAGUUAAUGGUGAAAAAUUCAUGGACUAUGAGAAUUUUCGCAAGGCAUCUAAAGAAGCAUCUCCCAAGGCAAAGCAAUAUUUCACAGCAGCUACAUUUGUAAAAUUACUUCGUGAAGAUGAAGUUUUGUCACGUAUUAAUAUCUUGACAUUUUUCAAUUAUGUCAUGAAGAAAGUAUGGUUGCAACAAACCCAUGUUGGGAUAUCUCUUUAUGAUGUGUGCGGUGAAGGUUAUUUGAGAGAGACAGAUUUGGAAAACUAUAUGUUGGAACUUAUCCCUACUUUGUGUCAGCUAUCAGAGUUGGAGCCAACGUUCCAAACAUUCUAUGUAUGCACGGCUGUACGAAAGUUCUUCUUUUUCCUUGAUCCUUUACGUUCGGGUCGUGUGCGUAUCACCGACAUUUUAGCUAGUGGAUUUCUAGACUCUAUGCUUGAAUUACGUGAAGUAUCUACAUCAGAGGCACAAUUAGCCGCUAAUUGGUUUAGUCAUCAAUCAGCUGUACGUGUUUACGGUAGCUAUUUGCUCUUAGAUGAAGACCGAAAUGGCUUGUUAACACGCAGUGAAUUAUCACGGUAAGAUGAAUAACAUUUAGCAUCUCAUAAAGGUUAUUUUUGCCGUAGAGCUUUAUUAAUCUUUUUGAUCAUUCAGUUUUUAACUCUUCAUUGUCAUCAGUUUUUUAUACAGUGACAUUUUCUGAACUGGACACCUUUGUCGGUUUCAACCAUAUGACCAAUACAGGCUAACUUGUGAUAAAUUUUUGGUAUGUAAAUUAAACGUGUUUAAAAAGUGAAUAAUCAAUUAUACGCUUUCUCUAAAGUUCUAUGUUCGCCCUGUUGACGAUUGUUAUCACUCAAAACUCAAUCAAAGUGAGAAAAAUUAGUGUGAGAAAAGAUGUCUUUUCGUCUGCACAUACGCUCCCACAGAUUGUAACUCGAAUACAAUGAUGGAUGAGUUUUGUCACCACUUAACUGUUCUACGGAAAGUGCGUUCGACAGAUAUUGUAGUACUAACCGGAGACUUGAAUACUCAGGUCGGGCGUCUAGGUACAGAAGAUAGUCGUUUAAGUAGCCGGUGGGGACUUGUUGGUUGCAGGUGAGAUAACGGAGAACAUCUACUGCAACUGUGCGCAGACCAAAACCUGUUUCUGGCUAUCAAUAACUACUGGCACAGUUGGUUGCAAUUACAUGACCCCAUGAAGAUGGCGAUUAAAGUCGCUGGCGUGCCAAUGAAAUAGAAGCAUCAGUUGCAUCUAAUAACUGUUGGAAGCUCUUUCAAUUCAUCCAAAUUACUGGCAUCCAGAAGUCUGGUGUGAGUGAGGCAUUUUCCCGACCGUUAUUGCUACCUUGACGUUGUGGUCGGGCUUGCCUAUCGUGAUGAACCAGUCGAGCUACGCUGGCCGGAAAAAUUGUUAUUCAAGGUUCUACCAUGCCAGAUAGGUCGGUUGAAGAACAGUAAAACUAAAAACAGUAAACCCAAGGUCCGAAGGCGAAGCCGUACUUCUGACUGUACAGAGAUGUAACGGCAGUAAGGUGUUUCCUUCAGACAACCAGCAUAACAGCGAUUCUACCUUCCGAUAAGGAAGGGUGGGGUUAGAAAAGGUCAACCCUAAGAAUGCACACCACCGUCUCCGGUGGUAAAGUCUCAACAAGUACGGAGCUAACACAAAAAUUACUCAUAAAAAGGUCGUGUGUGACCGACCUCAAGCAGUUGUCCCUUGGGUACUGAGGUCACGCUCUCAGGUCACUAAUGCCACUAAUCCAACUUCAUUUUCAGGUACCUCCAGUAGAACCCUUGCACGGUGUGGGCGUAUGGGAAGUUAUAGCCGCCCUCAUAUUUCUCUCAGCACUUGAGAUCACUGAGGCGAUUUGUGACGAUGGUGGGAAAUACAGUAAACCAGGGAGGCCGGUCAAAGACAAAGAAGGCAGGAAAAUCACCGAAAUUCAACGACAGCGUAACAGAUGGGUAGAAUACUUCGAGGAACUCCUGAAUAGGCCGGCUCCAAUGAAUCCACCGGACAUCGAAGCAGCACACACAGAUAUUCCUAUAGAUGUCAAUCCACCAACUACGGAAGAAAUUAGAAUGGCCGUCAGACAAAUCAAGAACGGGAAAGCAGCAGGACCCGACAACAUACUAGCUGAAGCACUGAAAUCAGACAUCGAAGCAACCACAAGCAUGAUUUAUCUUCUAUUCAAAAAGAUUAUUUAUUUAUUUAUUUGAACACAUGAAUAUUGGUACAAGAGAGCGCCAAUAUAUAUGCGCCACACAAAACAAUGAGAAUUCGAAGAGAAGUAGAAAAGAACUAAGGAGCGCAAAAGAAAAAGAGAACAAUGACGAAGAGAUUGGAGUAAGGUAGUGUGGUAGUAACGAGGGAACGAAAAGGUACAAUCAGAAGAAAUCUUUCAGGUAAAGGAGACACAACCACUUUUUAUGAAGAAAGUAAAAGAAGGUUACAGCAGGAUCGCCACUGGCUUCUAUUCUGAGCCAUAUCUGAUAACGUCUCUAGCCACUGUGUAGCACCAUCUCUCAGACCCCAACCAGGGAGUCGUGAAGGACCAACAGAAGCCAGUCCUUUGUAGCUUUCUUUCAUACCACGACACCAUGUCAUGCACUGACCACCUCUCCGCUUCUUCCAACCAGUCCCAGAGUCGGCAAAUAAUGCACGACGUGGAAUUCUCUGGGACGACAUUCGUAGAACAUGUCCAAGCCACCGAAGUCGGUGUUUCAAGAUGGUGACACCAAUUGAAUUAUCAUCUCUGUGCCCGAACACACGAUGCCGAACCUCUGCAUUACUGACAUGGUGUUGCCACUGGAUGUCAGCAAUCCUUCGGAGAAAACGAUGAUCGAACACAGAGAGUUGUCUUUCAUCCUCAACUCGGAGAGACCAGGUUUCACAAACAUACAGCAAAAUUGCUCUCACCGACGCGUUGUACAUCCGACCUUUUACAGCCAGACUAACAUCACGAAGGCGCCAAAGAUGGCCCAGAUUGACAUAAGCCGCUCUGGCUUUCACUAUUCGUGCAUUGAUCUCAUCACUCACACCCCCACCAGCACUUAUGCAGCUACCCAGAUACACGAACUUCUCAACUACGUCUAUCUGCUCACCAUCCAGGGUGAGUACAGGAUUAGAAUCCUGCCAGUCUUGUAGAAGUACUUUGCACUUCGAAGGUGCAAAGCACAUACCAUACCUACGGACACUGAUUGCCAACUGAUUAAGUGUGGAUUGCAUGCCUUGGGCAUUAUCGCACAGUAAGACAAUAUCGUCCGCAUACUCAAGGUCGAGAAGUCUUUCUCCAGGCAACAGAUCCACACCACCAUUACUUACAUCCAUCAGAGCUGUUUCCAGAAUGUCAUCGAUGGCAAAGUUGAAGAGGAAUGAUGAGAUUGGGCAACCCUGCCUAACCCCACUGCUCGAAUGGAACAAUGGAGAGAGGUGGUUGUAUGCCCUCACUCUGCCUGAGGUGUUUUUAUAUAGGGCUUUUAGGAUGUUAAUAAACUUCUCAGGCACACCCUUCUUCAAUAGACAAUCCCAGAGAACAGUCCUGUCCAACGAAUCGAAGGCAGCCCUGAUGUCAAGAAACACUACGAUUGUUGGCCUUUGAAAAGUAUGGCGGUGUUCUAACAUUAGGCGGAGGGUGAAUAUAUGAUCAAUACAUCCUCGACCAGAACGAAACCCAGCCUGCUCCUCGCGAGUCAAUCUUUCUCGGGUUUUGAACAACCUACGAAGAAUGACGGAAGCCAAUAGCUUGGACGCAAUCGGAAGUAGACUUAUCCACCGAUAGUUGUUACAGGAACGACAUGAACCCUUUUUUAAAGAUAGGGACAACUAUCGACUCAUUCCAUGACGUUGGUACACUCUCUAGUUCCCAAACCUUGGUAAACAACGUCGUCAACUCCUUAGUCAAAAAGUCACCACCAUCUUUAAAAAGAGCCAGAGGUAAGUCAUCUGGGCCAGGUGAUUUGUAACGUUUCAAGAGUUGGAGUUCCUUGCGGACUUCCUCCUCAUUUGGUGGAUCAGUCUUCACCGGCCAUGGAGGGCAGGACAGUCUGACCGAUGUUGCCGGAGCAGCAGGCCAGUUGAACUGCCCUUCGAAAAAUUCUGCCCAUCGUCCAAGACGUCGAUGGAUGUUAGUGAUUGGCAUCCCAUCAUCCUCGCAGAUUGUUUCACUCACACCAGACUUCUUGCUGCCAGUGGCUCGGAUGAGCUGGAAGAGCUUCCGGUAGUUACCAGAUGCAGCUGCUGCUUCCAGCUCAUUAGCACGCAUCGACCACCAGGAUUCUCGGUCCUUACGCAAGUUUUGCCCAAUUUCCUUACGUAACAUCCUUCGUUUAUGGUCAAACUCACGGUCACCCGGAGUAGACCGACGGGCU